UAAUCUUGGAGAAAUAGACUUUAAUAACGACUAUCGUAAAACGUUACUUAUAGACCAUGCUGACCUUCAUACAAAAGAGUUCUCCAACAUGUUUGACAAGUUAAGAUGAAAAGAAAGUUUUUCACGUAACAUUGAAGAUAAUGCUGUAGAAAUUUAUAUAUUUAUUCCAUAAUUCUGCAAUUUCUCGUCAGUAUGUCUUUCCUUUCGGCAAAGAUCAUGUGGAAUUGUGGCGCUAAAAGACUCUUGACUACAUUUUCAAGGAACUUAAAAGUGUCACAAACAGAUUCAAUUUUGUGUUGUCGAACAAUUAGGCAAAUGAAUACUGAAACAAAGGGUGAAAUAGAGCCAUUAAGUGGGUUACCAUUCGAAGAUCAAGAGAAGGGACAAUUGAUAUAUAGUGGACCUCUUGCAAAAUUGGUUAAACGUGUCAAACUAUUUUCUCUAUCAACUAGUUUCAUAGGACUUGGCUUACAACCAUUGAUUUUACUUAAUGACAGUACAACUCUGGCAACUAAAAUAGCUGUAGGUGGAUUUGUGAAUUUCUUUAUAUUUUUAACACCCUUGUUGAUUCAUUUUGUUGCCAAGAAGUAUGUAACUACAGUCUAUUACAAUGAAACCACUGGACAGUUCACUGCUACGACUCACACAUUCUUUUUACGAAAAAGAGAACAUAAAUUUACUGUGGAAGAUGUGAAGGUGCCCGAUGUUCCUGGAAUAUUCACAACCAUCAAAGUUCGGGGCUUUGCCCUCUUUAUGGAUCCGAGUAUGUUUUUCAGUAAACAGGCCUAUAUACAUUUAAUGGGCUACGAUAAACCUCUUGAUUGGCGUUUACCAUCGAAAGAACAGGGUAACGUUAACCAGUCAGCAAAUGAAAAGGGAGAUAAACAAUUAUAAGAAUGUUUUUAUGAAAAUUAUGUAGUCUUCUAAUAAAUAUUCAAAACCA